CUUUGAGAGGCGAAGGAGUUUGAUAAUCGAAUCGGUAAUUUUGAGUUGAUCUGAUUUAAAAGUUUCGAUUUGAAAUUUAAUAUCAUAUUCAACUGCAAUCUUUUUAAUUUUUCUUCGUUUGGCGGACUAAAUUUAGUUGUAAAUUUAAAUUAUCGGGCGGUAAUAGGGAAUUUAUUCCUAGAUCCCUUCCUUUCCCUCUUCCCACAUUACUAGCUAUUUAUUUUAGUCAUCGAAAGUGUUAUAAAUCGGAAGAAAAGUUGAAAUACGGUUUUGCCUAUAUAAAGUUUUCAACAGCUGCUAAUUAGUGAUGGAUCUGAAAAGAAAAGCUAUGGAAGGUGCUUUGGCCAUUGUUCCGGCAAAGAAGACUAGAACUGAUGUUGUUGGCUUUGGUACACAAGUUAACAACGCCAUCGAACUCUUGGGGGGAAUCAGGCGGACCUCAAAACUCCAGGCCCCAAUCAUGCUACUAACAGGACACGAGAGUGAAAUUUACUGCUGCAAAUUUUCUCCCAAUGGAAAGUUCUUGGCUUCAGCUGGCACAGAUAGGAUGAUAUUGUUAUGGAAUGUGUAUGGAGCCUGCGACAACAUAGCCACGCUGAAAGGACACAGCAAUGCCAUUAUGGAUUUGCAUUUUACUACAGACGGAUGCCAGAUGGUUACGUGUUCAGUGGACAAGACUUUAUCCUUAUGGGAUGCAGAGUGUGCCACGAGAAUCAGGAAGUAUAAGGGACACCAGACGUUCGUGAAUGCCUGCGAUGUGUCGAGGAGAGGCCCACAGUAUUUGUGCAGUGGUAGUGAUGAUGGCACCGUUAGGAUCUGGGACUCGAGGCGCAAGACGUCGAUCCAAACCCUCCAGAGCACCUUCCAAGUUACGUCGGUCUGCUUCUCGGACACCUCCGAGCAAGUCAUCAGUGGCGGUAUUGAUAAUGAUCUCAAGGUUUGGGAUUUACGAAAGAAUGAUGUGGUUUACGCGAUGAAGGGUCACAUGGAUACAGUUACGGGGCUAAGGCUGAGCCCUGAUGGGUCCUAUUUGCUCUCCACUGCUAUGGAUAAUACGGUUAGGAUAUGGGACGUUAGGCCGUACGCUCCCCAGGAAAGAUGUGUUAAAAUCUUCCAAGGAAACCAGCAUACAUUUGAAAAGAACUUACUUCGCGUCUCUUGGAGCCCAGACGGCACCAAGAUAGCAGCUGGAUCAGGGGAUAGGAUGGUCUACAUCUGGGAUACGACGACGAGAAGGAUACUAUACAAGUUCCCUGGACAUGGAGGAUCAGUUAAUGAAGUAGAUUUCCAUCCAUUUGAGCCCAUAAUUUGCUCUGGAUCGAGUGACAAGCAGAUUUACCUGGGUGAAAUUGAGUAAAUGUUUUAAAGGGAUCGUUAUUAUUGAUAUUUUUUGCAGUUUUAUCGUCAUUAUUGUUGUUAUUAUUAUUUUUACUAUUAUUAUUGUUGUUAUUGUUGUUGCUAGAUUUCCACUUAAGAUAUCUGUAUGGAUAAAUUUAUUAAAUAUAAUAAAAUCCUUAAUAUGUCCAACUGUAUCUGUGGACUUAUGAUUAAUUUCAUUUUUUUU